AUGGAUCGAAAUUUCGAAUUGGACGCCGCCCCUCCGGUUACGGCGACAGAAUCACGAAUCUCGACAUCGACAAGGACCGAAGCAACGUCCUGGGCCUUUGCGCGCCGUCCGCAGCGCACAUGCGGCGAAAAAGUGCGGCGUCGUAUUUCCGGUUGCGCCGUCGCCGUCGCCGUCAAGACAGACCCCGAAGCCCUCCAGGACCGCCACCACGUCCAGAUUGUGGGCAUCGCUGUUCCUGCUGGCCGUCGCAUCGCCCGACUCUUCCACGAAGCGCUUUGGUUGGCCUCAAUGCCAUGCAGAUUUUCUCUCCGGAAGCACUUCGGGCGUCUUCGCGGGGACGAUGCGCGAUCCCCAUCCGGCUUCACCCCACUUCGCCGGGCCCAUGGCAAUGCGAUCGCGGCAAACGAUGGAUCGAGAUGCACGCUGCUGAGAGUUGAUAUUUCAAACGAGGUAGAGCGACAAGGUGCCUGGCCAUGGCAGAAAUUAGCGAAUGCGGACAUUCAGCUUGUCGAUGCUGGCCAAAUCUCAGUAUCGCAAUACCUAGGAGGAGGGAUUGUUGCAAGUCGUGGCCCGAGCAGUUGA